GGGGCGCGUUAUGGCAGCGACAGGAAUACCGUUUGCCUUGCUGCUGUCGCCCCUUGUUCUAUGGCUGGUCGCCUGCUGGUGGCUGCGGCGAAGCCGCGGGACGAUGAGGCGGGACUGCAGGGCGCUCUUAGCUAACGGACGGGCCUGGCGCGAAAGCGAUGACGCAGUACGAGCGCUGUUUGUAACAGCGCACCCUGAUGACGAAACGAUGUUCUUCGCUCCCAGCAUUCUCAAACUGGCUCAAGCUCGGCUGUGGCUGCUCUGCGCGUCCACAGGGAAUUAUUACAAUCAAGGGGCCAUUCGUAAGGAGGAGCUCCUGCAGAGCUGCGCGACCCUUGGUAUCCCUCCUUCCAACGUGACUGUCAUCGAUCACAGGGAUCUUCCUGACCAUCCGUCUGUCAAAUGGGACACCAGUCUGCUGUCUACCCUGAUCCUGAAGCAUAUUGAAACCAACCAAAUCAACCUGGUGGUGACCUUUGAUGCUAGAGGAGUGAGCGGCCACGCCAACCAUAAAUCUCUUUACGCUGCCGUCAGAUACCUGCACUCGGAGUGGAAGCUUCCAGAAGGCUGUCAAGUCCUUACCCUGGAGACGGUCAGCCUCUUCCGGAAGUACCUCUCCAUCCUCGAUGUCCCCAUCAACUGCCUCCACAGCCAGGAUGUUCUCUUUGUACUGACAGAAGAGGAGGCGGAACUGGCCAAGAGAGCCAUGUGGUGCCACCGCAGCCAGCUCCUCUGGUUCCGCCGCCUCUAUGUAUUCUUCUCACGCUACAUGGUGAUCAACUCGCUACACUUCCUCUGAUGGGAAAAGGACUUCAUCAAAGACUUCAGGGGCUUCAAGCAGAUUCAGCAUGAAAGAUGCCUAAAACUCCAUAAAGCUCCUGCUGAGCCAAGAAAUGAAACCGAGUGAGACCCAGCGCCAAGCAAGGGAAGGCCCGUUCCUGCUGCAGGAGUUCUUGCCUCUGGCCAGUAUCUGGAUUCUACCAGUGACGACGUUCUGGCUCAACAGACCCAGAAGCACAAGACAAAAAGAACAGACUGGCUGGUUCUAUGGAAUCGGGCUAGGAGAGACCUUUGCAACAUGUCAUAUGCUGUUCCAGGGAAAGGGUGGGGGCAUCCCUAGACGAUGGUACCAGGACACUUUGCAGCGUUUUUUUUUAAAUGUGCAUCUUUUUUACAAGAAUACAUAGUAGCUUGAAAUAAACAAGACUGUCAUGCCAUAACAAUAUUGCAGUACUUGGGGGUGUAAUAUCAUCCCCUGCUCAAAAUUAUGAGGCACAUCCCAAGAUGAAGAGAGAAAAAAGGGAGGUGACUGAAGUGGAAAAUGUGAUCGUAGGAGGCCUCCAACUACCCUUAUAUUGGCAAAUAUGUUAAAGUCAAGCUGUAGAAAUUAGAUUUCAAUCUAGACAUAUUUGACUGUGCAUUGAAGCAGCUGAUCAGCUGUAGUGAUUCUGGCCUUGGUUCUGAGCACGGCUUGAGACCUGGUGUUAGAUGUAGAUGCUGUUGCACUGGUUGGGAAUGGUGACCACAGUGCUAGUAAGUGCAGCAUUUGUGCCAAUGGAAACAUCUCCCCAGAGUCCAAAACUAUCAUAUUUGAUAUAAAAAAGGGAACCUUACAAAAAUGAGGGGGACUAAGAAAGAAAAGGGAGAAUUAAGAGAGUAUUCCUUCCAGGAUGCCUGGAAAUUGUUUAAAACUGUAUUGAGUCCCAGACAGAAUGCAUACCUCAAAUCAGGAAAGAUACCAAUGACUCAAAGAAGCCAUAAAAAGCCAAAAAGGCUUCUUUUAAUAACAACAAAAACUGCACUUAUAUACCACUCUUUUAGACAGAUUACUGCCCCACUUAGAGCAGUGGACUAGUUAGUGUUAUUAUUAUCCCCACAAUACAACUGGGGAGCUGGGGCUGAGAGGAGAGGCUUACCCAAGACCACCUACUAAGCUCAUGGCAGUAGUAGGAUUCAAACCGGAAAAGUGCUGAUUCACAAAGCAACCACUCAACCACUAUGCCAUAGCAGUCGUCCGUUGAAAAAUGGAAGCUUUCGCUGGCCAAGGUGAACAGAAUACAGGUUCUGGCAAAACAAAUGCAAGUUGACAGUAAGGGAAGCAAAAAGGGAAUUUGUAGAGAAGACUGGUAAAAACAUUAAGACUAAUAAAUAUUUCUUCAAAUAUAUCAGAAGUAGGAUACUGCCUAGGGAAGUGGUUGGGUUGUUAGAUGACCAAAAAAAAAAGGAUUUCUGAUUUCUUAAGGGAGAUGGGGAGAUAUCAAAGCGAAUGAAUUUUUAUUGUAUCUACUUUCACUGUGGAAAACGUGGGGCACAUACCUACACCAGAGUCACUGUUUUGGGGAAAGAUGCUGGACUAAAUAAAUAAAUGGACCACUGGUCUCAUCCUUCUGGUGGAAAGAUAUAAUUCUGGAUAGAGUCCAUAAAAGGUAAUUUCAAAACAAUUGCAUUUUAGGUGAAAAUUUAAUUUGAAAAGACGCCAAGAUGUGUCUCUGCGCUAUAACACCAGAAGUAUCCAGUGAGGCCAUUCCUGGUUUUCGCUGGCUGAACAGGAUCAGCGCCCUGAAAGGCUGCCUUCUUUCUUUCCGCCAUCAGUCCUUCUCCCUUGGCUUGUGCCACAGAUCCACCCCACACUGGGGGCCUUGCCACGGAGUCCUUUGACCAAGGCAUUUAGUGUGCUUCUAUCUUGGCACACUGCCAAUGCCCACCUCCCCUCCAUCCUGGCUUUGGCCCCUCAGAUCCAUUCUGCCCUGGAUCUGCUCUUGCUCGAUUAAGGCACACAACCAGAGAGGCCAAGGGGACACUUCUUGCUUAGGGUAAGAUGGUCCCCUGGAGAACUGACACACGUUUGAUGCCCCCAGAGAGCAAAGUUCUUGGUUAACAUUUUGCCAGGCCCAAUUCCAACAGUGGCAGCAUCUCCCUGUGCCACUGAUUGAACAGAGGCACUGGGUUAGAUCCGAACUAAAUUUUUCAUCAGUGAAAUUGAACUUUCUUCCCACUGCAACCCACUGAUCUCCCCAAAAUGCUGCUACUGGCAAAUAGGGGACUCCGAGGAAUAACAUGGUGGGGAGGGGUCUGCAGCGGGCAGGGAAAAUCAGUGCAAACUGCCAAUUUAGUCUGGAUCCAAUCCAUUAUCUUCCACUAAUCCACAGCGAGCCCAAGAAAUCCCUUGCUUUUUAAUCACAAUGA